AUGUCUGCUCCCAACGACGCCCCCGCUGCUGCCGCCGAGGCCAACAAGCUCCACAAGGAUGAAGUGACCGGCGAGAUGGUCUCCAAGUCUGAGCUCAAGAAGAGGCAGAAGGAGCGACAGACUGCCGCAAAGAAGGCUGAGAAGGCCGCUGCCAGGCCCGCGCCCGUUCAGAAGGAGAAGAAGGAGGAAGAGCCCGAGCUUGAUGCUACUGCUUUCUACGACAUGCGAACCAAGGAGAUCCUCAAGCUCCGAGAGACCAAGCAGCCCAACCCUUACCCCCACAAGUUCCAUGUCACCUCCGGUGGUGUCCGCAAGUUUGUGGAGGACUGGUCUCAGGAGGGUAAGGUUGAGAAGGGCGAGACUCUGAUCAGGCUGCAGAUCAACCUUUCUGGUCGUGUCUACACUAUCCGAGAGAGCGGUUCCAAGCUCAAGUUCUACGACAUCAGGCAGGACGGCCAGAAGGUCCAGAUCCUUGCCCAGGCCCAGAACGCCCCUUCUCUUGAAGAGUUUGCCGCCGCCCACGCCGUCAUCCGACGAGGCGAUAUCAUUGGUGUUACCGGUUUCCCCUCCCGAACCAAGAUGGGCGAGCUUUCCCUCUCCAUCUCCGCCAUCCAGCUCCUCUCCCCCUGUCUCCACCUCCUCCCGGGCCGAGAGGGUCUCGUCGACGUCGAGACCAGGUACAGGAAGCGAUACCUCGACUUGAUUAUGAACCAGUCCACUCGAGACAUCUUCACCACCAGGUCCAAGGUCAUCAACCACAUCCGAAGCUACCUCAUCGACCGAGACUUCCUCGAAGUCGAGACCCCCAUGAUGAGCAUGAUUGCUGGUGGUGCCACCGCCAAGCCCUUUGUCACUCACCACAACGACCUCAAGCUCGACCUUUUCAUGCGUAUCGCCCCCGAGCUCUACCUCAAGGAGCUCGUCGUCGGUGGCCUUGACCGUGUCUUUGAGAUCGGACGUGUCUUCCGAAACGAGCAGAUCGACAUGACCCACAACCCCGAGUUCUCCAUCUGUGAAUUCUACAUGGCUUACGCCGACAUGUACGACCUCAUGGACAUGACUGAGGAGCUCAUCGAGACUUUGGUCAAGAAGGUUACCGGCGGCAGCACCAAGGUGACUUUCCACCCCGAAGGCAGGGGCGAGGGCAAGAAGAGCUAUGAUGUGGACUUUGCCAGGCCAUGGAAGAGGUUUGACAUGAUUGGAGAGCUUGAGAAGCAAUUGAAUGUCACCUUCCCUCCUGGAGAUACUUUGCACGAUGACAAUGCCAACAAGUUCCUCCGGGACCUCUGUGCCAAGAACAACGUCAAGUGCUCCGAACCCCAGACCAACGCCCGUCUUCUCGACAAGCUCGUCGGCGAGUACAUCGAGAACCAAUGUGUCAACCCCUCCUUCAUCGUCGGCCACCCUCAAGUCAUGUCGCCCCUCGCCAAGUACCACCGAUCCCGCCCGGGAUUGUGUGAGAGGUUCGAGGCGUUCGUGUGCACCAAGGAGAUCUGUAACGCGUACACUGAGCUCAACGAUCCCUUUGACCAGAGGGAGAGGUUUGAGGAGCAGGUUAGGCAGAAGGAUCAGGGUGAUGAGGAGGCGCAGGGUGUUGACGAGACUUUCCUCGAUGCCCUCGAGUACGGUCUCCCUCCCACCGGUGGUUGGGGUCUCGGUAUUGACCGACUUGUCAUGUUCCUUUCCGACUGCAGCAACAUCAAGGAGGUCCUUCUUUUCCCUGCUAUGCGACCUGUCGUCGCCAACUCUGUUGAGGCUGUGGCGCCCAGUGUGACUGCUACCGAGGCCGCCAAGGAGAUCUAA